GCGGUACACCUGUUCCCGCCAGUAUAAUCAGGUAAUUGCCACCGGGAGUGUGCGAGGCGGGCUGUAGGGCCGCAGGUGUGGCUGGUUUCAGGUCAUAUUACUGAAGUAUAACUGCGCACAGAACUACUGGAGACAAAUAAUAACAGGUUUAUCCAAACACGCGGUUUAUUACCGCUCUGUAGCUGCUGCCCGGCAGACCUCUCAGCCAUGAAUCCUUCCACCAGCAGAGAGGAUGCAAGCCCACCAGCGUAAGCGGGCUACCAGGCUAUGCGAGUAACCUCGAGCACUACAUGCCCCAGUCAUCAUUAGCAGCUGCAGCAUCAUCUUCAUCAGCAGCAGGAGGAGGAGGAGGAGGAGGUUUAUAUCUAAAUGCCUACGAGGUCUCCUUUCCCCUGGAGGAGAAUAUAGAACGACCUCCUCCCUAUCACCUGAACCAAGGCCAGCAGAUGAUGGAUGAGCCAGUGGUGCAGGAGCCUCCUCACUCUCAGUACAGCACCUUCAUCCUGAUCUCUAACCUGCGCGCUCACCUCUACGUCACUCUGGAGAAGAACGCCUGGCUGCAGAAGCGCAUCGAGGAGCUCGAGGAGGAACGCAACUUCCUGCGCUGCCAGCUGGACCGCUUCAUCGUCAGCAUGAGGAGUCCUGAGGAGUGGAGCGGGGAUGCCCAGCGUGGUGUGAAGAUCCAGCCUGCCAGCUCUCCUUCCCCUCCGUCCCCCAUGACCACCAGGUCCGGCAUGACCCUCAAACGCAUCCAGGGAUCAGGAUCUCGGAGCCGCCGCAACGCUGGUGAGGAAGAUGCUGACACACCUGUAACCAAGCAGGAGUUUCAUGUGGAAGAAGACAAAUACUACACCGAGGACGAGUAUGUGGAGGAAGAAGAAGAAGAGGAGGAAGAGGAGGAAGAUGUGGACUCUUCAGUAGAGAAGGGGAUUAGGAAGAAGGGCAGAGGGCGGGUCAGUGGAGAGCCAAGGAUGAAGAUGAGGAGGGUCUUCAGGAUCACACACGGGAGGGAACGACAGAGAGUUAAAGACCCAGACGGGGUUUUGAUCCGUUACAAGAAGAUCCUGUCCACCUACCAGCGGGUGAGGAGCAUGUCCAGAGCCUUCCAGAUCCACGGAGUCGACCGAAACACCAUGGCCUCCACCUCCCCCAUCGCCGAGUUGCUGCUGGUGGCUCCAGAGAAGGUGUCAGAAGUCGGAGAGUUUGAGGCGUCGAAGGAGAAGCUGUUGGAUUACGCCCGGAGGUGCUACAAGACGAUGGAUGACGAGACGCACGCCAAAGUCCAGACCAUGAAGAAGACUCACAAGCUGCUGCCCAUCUCCUACAGGUUCAGAAACUGAGAGCGGAGCGAGGCGGGCAGCAGGACUAGCUGGUGGGAGCUUUCUGCACUUUGUUCUCAUUUUUCUUAAAGUCAGAAUAUAUAAUAGGAUGUGAGAAGAUUAAAUGCCAAAUUACAGGGCAUAUUCUGAUUUAUUUAUUUAUUUAUUUUCAUUGAACUGCUUUAUUUAUGUUUUUGUUUGUUUUUCCUUGUGCAGCUAUUACAAUUGAGAGUAGUUUUUUACUCCUCUGAGCUAUGACAGUGUUUCACACUGAAGACUGAAGUACUUGUUUUUUGGGGGGUUUUUUUGUUUUUGUUUUUUUGCUUUACCCUAAAAAUUAACUGAAGAAUUAAAAAGAGAGAGCGCAUAUGUUGUUAAUUAUAAUAACUCAUCUCUGAGGUAUUAUAAUUUUCUUGAGGGAACUGUCUGAUUCAUCAGUACCUGCAGAUAUUUUAUAGAGCAGGUAUAAGAGACAGAAGUUCGAGUAAAUGUGCCUCAAAUUUUUGUUAUAUAAGAGAGAAAUAUUUAUUAUCUUUAUUUUUGGCUUAGUGUUUGAUUUUUUCCUUUUGCACUGAAAUGAUGUACAUGGAUUUUUGAUGUUUCAUUAAAAAAAACUUUAUUCAUUGAUGUGUUUCAUACAAAAGUUGUUUAAGUUAAAUGUGAAAGUAUUAACGGUAAUGUGAAUUUUUUUUCUUUUUUCAAUUCUGAUAACAUAAGAUGUAAAAUACAAUACUGUA